AUGUGCAGUUUCGCCGCCCCGGGCCUUUGGGGUGCAAUGAAUUCUCUCGGCGCUGGCGGUGCACAAGAGCCGUAUCUCGUCAAUACGGGUAAUGCUGUCACCUUCUGUCUCAUGAUUGUCUCAUGCUGGACUACUUCGUCGAUCAUAAAAUACAUCGGCAUCAAGGGUGCAUUGGUUGUUGGCACAAUCGGUUUCGCCCCGUACAGCGCCGGUCUCUACCUAAACAACCGGUACGGUGUCGAGUGGCUAGUAGUCCUCGGCGCUGCUUUCUGCGGCAUAUCAGCCGGUAUUUUCUGGGGCUCUGAAGCUGCCAUUGCCAUUGCGUACCCUGAGCCGCAUAACAGAGGACGAAUGGUUGCAUAUUGGCUCACAUGGACUAGAGUCGGCCAGAUCCUUGGCGGUGCAAUCAACCUUGGCUUGAAUUCCGAUCGUAGCGGAGCUGGAAAGGUCUCCUACAAAGUUUAUUUGAUUUUUAUUGCCCUGCAAGCUUGCGGGCCCUUCGUGGCGCUGCUGCUAAACCGGCCUAACAAGGUUCAAAGAAGCGACGGCAAGCCGGUGGAGCUAACGAUCGACGACAAUCCGUGGCAAGAAAUCAAAGCAACCACAAAGACGUUCCUGACGCCAAAAUUCUUACUCCUUGUUCUUUGGAUUGGUCAGGGCGUUUACUCGGAGUCCAUCUUCUUCACAUAUAUUGCACUUUGGUUCUCUGUUAGAGCCAGGGCUCUGGGCUCGUUCCUCUCUGGUAUCGUGGCAGUCGUCGCGGGGAAUCUGCUUGGCUUGUGGCUCGACCAAAACCAAAUCGAUCUCAAGAAGAGGGCUCGGUGGGCAUUUUCCGUCAUCAUGACUCUGCAGGGCGCAUGGUGGCUUUGGCUUACUAUCAACGUCACCGAGUACCGUCGAACACAACCUAUCUUCGACUGGAGCGAUCCUGGUUUUGGCAGAGGUUUCGGGGUCUUCAUCUUCUUGGUAUCUGGCUUCCAGCUCAACUACAACUUCGCAUUCUUCAUCAUUGGCCAAAUUUCAGAGAGUCCAAAAGAUACCAUUCGACUCUCCGCCCUUCUCCGAGGCACCGAGUCGGCCUGGCAGGCUGUCAGCUACGGGCUCAACGCUAUUCCAAUCUUUGCGCUCGUCGGUGGUCCAUACAUCAAUUUUGGACUUUGGUUUGUAUCCAUUUAUCCCGCCUGGCUGGUUGUUAGACACUUCGGCGCGAGCAGCAAGGGGACAGAGUUAGAAACCACCUCCCAGUCUGAGGUAGUGAACGUUAUCAAGUCCUAA